CAAUAAAACUCCAUCAGUGAGCAGGCGAGGUACGUGCGAGACGGUUCACUCGCGGCUUUAAAGCCUUCACGCUACGCGAAAAUUGCGGGCGUCGCGGGGAGCGAAGCGUCGCGACGCUCCGUCCGUUAGUCGGGCGCCGGCCUCGUGCAGCGCCGGUCGCCGCCCAUGGCCCGCGCCAGCUAACGCGGCAUGCGGCACGCGCUCGCCGCGCUCGCGGCCUGCUGCGUGGUGGCGCGCGCCGAGCUCCCAUCUGCGCGCCUCGCCCCGCGCAACUACACCCCCCAGCAUGUGCUCCAGUGCAGCGACGGCCUCGUCCUGCCCGCGUGGCGCCCUCGCGAGGAUGUCCCCACCAUGGAUAUCGCCCUGCGGGGCAUGGUUUACUUCUUUGCUCUCUUGUAUCUAUUUAUUGGGGUCUCGAUCGUUUCUGAUCGAUUUAUGGCUGCUAUCGAAGUCAUUACCUCGAGGGAGAAAGAGGUGCGCGUGCGACGUAACGGCAGCGAGCAAAUCGUUGUCGUUAGAGUAUGGAAUGAAACUGUCGCCAAUUUGACCCUUAUGGCUUUAGGAUCUAGCGCACCCGAGAUCCUACUUUCAGUUAUAGAAAUUGCCGGGAAGAACUUUGAAGCUGGUGAAUUAGGACCAGGAACUAUCGUUGGUUCUGCUGCUUACAAUUUGUUUGUAAUAAUAGCUAUAUGUGUAAUAGUUAUACCUGACGGGGAAGUGCGAAAAAUAAAACAUCUAAGAGUAUUUCUCGUAACAGCUACAUGGUCAGUUUUUGCUUAUGUAUGGCUCUAUCUUAUCCUGGCUGUUAUAUCACCUAGUGAAGUUGAGGUUUGGGAGGGAGCUGUGACCUUUUUGUUCUUCCCGGCGACGGUAAUAACAGCAUAUAUCGCAGACCGACGCCUUCUAGUCUAUAAAUAUUUGAAGAAAGGAUAUAGAGUCAACGAAAGAGGAGUUAUAGUUGAAACAGAAGGUGAUGGAUCAGUUGAAAUGGCUUUAAAACCAAGCGGCGAUGAGUUUGCUAUAGAUGAUGAAGAAGGAAGGGAAUUAGAAAAGUCAAGGAAAGAAUAUGUGUCAGUUCUUCGAGAUUUAAGAAGACAACACCCAGAAGAAGAUUUAGAGACGGUAGAACGCAUGGCUUUAGAGACUUUGAUGUCCCGAGGCCCGAAAUCACGCGCAUUUUACAGAGUUGCCGCAACUAGAAAAAUGACUGGUGGCGGAGAUUUCUCCCGAAAGAUAUCGGAACGAGCUCAAAGUGAUCUAAGCGAAGUAAAAGCUGAGCUACAGCGGCGAGAAUCAAGUUCACCAUCAAUUGAGCCUAGAGGGCCGAAUGUUCGUUUUGAUCCUGACCACUAUACGGUAAUGGAGAACUGUGGCUCUUUUGAAGUCAGGGUGAUACGAGCUGGGGAUCUUAACGGAGAAAUCACUGUGCAAUAUACUACAGAAGAUGGAACUGCUGAAGCUGGUUCAGACUACGUUGCCACGAAUGGUUCGUUAGUUUUUAGACAUGGAGAAACGGAAAAGACUUUUUCCGUUCAAGUAAUAGACGACGAUGUCUUUGAAGAAGACGAGCAUUUCUAUGUGAGAUUGAGUUCCCCAAAAGGAGCAUCGUUGGCUUCCCCGUCAACUGCUACUGUGGUGAUAUUGGAUGAUGAUCAUUCCGGUGUAUUCUCGUUUGCCCAAAGGGAUUACGAGUUGACUGAGUCAGUUGGCACUUUUGAUCUGCGCGUUGUGAGAACAGCUGGCGCAAGAGGAAAGGUGCGGGUGCCAUAUUGGACGGAAGAUGGGACUGCUAAAAGUGGCUCACAGUACGAGAUUGCGGAUGGCCAUAUUAUCUUCGAGAACAACGAAACUGAAAAGUUCAUACCUCUUCACAUCAUAGAAGAGGAUAGUUACGAGAAAGACGUACUGUUUUACGUGAACCUUGGUGAACCGGAGUUACUUGGGGAAAUUUUUGAGACAUUCCUGCCGGAUGCAUCCGCAAUGGUUUCAGUACAAUUUUCGCCUGAUGAUGACAAUCCGGUGGUGCCUGGUGGCAAUGAAGUGAACCAUCUAGCGACACUACCUGAAGAGGAAGCUGUGGUAGCCAUGAUGGGGCUGCCUCGUGCUGGUGAAAUUACUCGAGCCCAACUCAGGAUAAAAGAAAGCAAAGAGUUUAAGAAUACGGUAGACAAACUGGUGCAAAGAGCAAACGCAUCUAUUAUAAUUGGCACGUCAUCGUGGAAAGAACAGUUCACUGAAGCGUUAACAGCCAGCUCAGGUUCAGAUAAUCCAGACGAACCGCCCUCAUGUUUUGACUACGUGUUACAUGUAGUUACACUAUUUUGGAAAAUCAUAUUUGCUUUCGUUCCUCCAACUGAUAUCGGAGGCGGUUAUGUUUGUUUUGUUGUGUCAAUCAUCUGCAUUGGAUUGGUGACCGCAGUUAUAGGUGAUGUAGCCUCGCACUUUGGAUGUACACUCGGAAUCAGAGACUCUGUUACAGCCAUCGUGUUUGUUGCAUUAGGAACUAGUAUACCAGAUACUUUCGCAAGUAAAGUGGCGGCGAUUCAAGACAAAUACGCGGAUGCAUCUGUGGGGAAUGUUACUGGUUCAAAUGCUGUGAACGUCUUUCUGGGUAUAGGCGUAGCGUGGACAGUGGCUGCUAUCGUCCAUUGGAGCAGAAAUGAAAAGUUUCUUGUGGAUCCUGGCAACCUCGCGUUCAGCGUGACGAUGUAUUGUUCUGAAGCCGCCUUCGCAGUCUUGGUCCUAGUGUUGAGGCGACGUAAGUCCAUCGGAGGCGAGCUUGGUGGUCCACGCUGUAUUAAAAUCAUCACUUCCAUGUUUUUCUUCUCUCUCUGGCUUCUAUAUCUCACGAUGUCCAGCUUGGAAGCUUACGGUGUUAUUGAAGGAUUUUAAAUUUUCAUCUUUUGAGACUACCUUGAAUGUUAGUAGACCAAGAAAAAUGUAAAAGGUUCGGAACAUUUUCUAAAUAUUGGACGAGAAUGUUUUGGAACUAAAGAUGUAUUUACCUGAAUCUUUUGACUAAAAUGUAUUUUAAAAUUCCUGACUAGAUAUAUUCUGAGUACAUUGGAAUUUCCAUAACGGAAAUUAUGAAGGUGAUUUAAUUCUGUAUUCGUCUAAUAAUUGUAAACAAAAUGAAUGUGCUCAAAUGUACAGGUCUUAGGAUUUUUUCAAGUCUCUUCUUCCUCUAGAUUUUUAUCUAUUUCAAAUCUUUUAAAUUGAUAAUAAUCGUAAAUGUAGCCUUGAAGGCUGUGCUAUAUAAAGAUCUAAAUUAGAUAAAAGAUUAUAAAGUAUGUAUUAGUAUUUAUGAUGUUGUAAAGUAGGAAGAUCCAAGUGUUGGUUACAAAAAUUUGUUUCAUGAUCUUAAAAGAUAUUGGGUGCAUUGCACUAUAUACAAAAAUUGGUGUUUUGUCGGUCAUAUUAUUAUGGUUAGCUAGAUAGAGAAAUGACAUCCGGUUAAGGCGAUCUUUUAGAUCUAUAAACUUAAAGGAGGUAAAUUUAAGUAUUACAACUUGUAGACCACUCAUACGAAUUCACAUAACAUAAUUUACACUUGGUCUUUACAGAUAAUGGGUUAAAUUCACCGCAAAUAAUUUAAAGACCUACUUAAAUCAUGGACGACAAUUAUUUUGUUGGUUUUUUUUUUUAAUAUGGUAAAUUAAUAUAUCGUUACUGUCAUUGGCUCUAGUAAUAAUUUGUAGAUCAUGUUGCACAUAAAAAAAUUAAUUAAAUACAUGUUAUUAGAGAAGGCUUCGCUCGUCGUAAUUUUAGAUUUUGUCGCGUCGUCGGUACAUUGAAUUUAAUUUGAACGCGUAUUUAUUCGCGGUCAAACUUUGAUGGCAUAGAUUGUAUCUAGUUUAAGAGGUAGUUGUCGCGCCAAGUCAUUAAUUAGACAUAAUUAAGUGUGACGAUUGAUAUGCCGCGUCUUAUAUAGUUAUUUUUAAAUUAGCUAAUGUAAGCCACAGUAAAAUUUAAGUAGUAGGCGAAUUCCAAAGGUAAAUAUUUGAAUUACAUUGCACGCGAAUCUAUAACGGCCAAUACUGAGAUAGGGUUUCGUGUUUAAAACAAAACGAAAUCAAAAUUUGUGUCCUUUUAAGGGAGUAUACUACAAAUGAAACUGAUUUACCAGUGAAAGUGAACAUUUUACUCGAAGAAACGUGAGUUACAAAAAGAAAAAAAAAUAUUUUCCAAUUUUUUUCUUAGCCCUUUUGUUUAGGAAAACGUUUACAAACAGUAAACUCUUUUAAAAGGAUAAAAAAAUUUUGGAUUUGUUAUUUUUUUUUAAUAGAACAUUAGAAAUAUGUAAAUUUUGCAAUAGGCAAUUUAUUUGUUUUGUCUUCGUAUGUGCGUAUAAUAAGUAUUUAAACUACUAGUAGUUUCUACGCUGUGACGACGGGAUUAUAUAGAAAGUUGAUUAAUCUAGAAAAUCUUAAAUGUGAAGAGAUAUUUUUAGAGAAUAUGAAUUUAACAGCGGUCGUAUAUACGGUGCGCAUUAUAAAACACUCAGUACUGUAGCCUUGCACACGAAGAAAGGCGAUAAAAGUCGAAAAAAUAUAGGUAAGAUCAAAAGAUUAAUGCUUCCAAUAUGUAAUACCCUUUCACAGAGCCAUAUAAAUAAUAGAUGUGAAUCUAUUUAAUAUUACACACUUUGGAAUAUGUAAUAAUGAUUUUAUUGAUGUACAUAAAGAUCAUUGGUGUUGUCAACAUAGUUUUGUUGGAAUUACGGUGUUCAAUAAUAACCUUAUGUAGAAUUAUUGUGAUUGUAACUGGGGUGUGGUCGGGUGAAAUAAUUAUUAUACAUUUAUUAAUUAUAAUCAAAGUUAUAAUAUAUAUCGAUAAUGACAAACGACUUGUCGACAUUUUUUGUCAAAUUUUAUUAUAAUUAUAAAAAUGUCAAUGAAUAAAGAACUAUAUGAUUUAAUGUGCACGGUAGUGUAAAGGCCAAGUCAAGAUUAUCGGUCGCUUAGUUAAUGUAGAGUUAUAAUCACAAUAAAAAUAAGAAUAAAAAAUAUUAUUAGCGCGUAGAGAUCGUUUAGUAUUUAGAGUACUGUACAUACAUACUAACGCAUAUUUAUUAGUAUUAGAGAUACAAGCUUAGAACUAAUGAUAUGUAAACUUAUUAUAUUAUUGUGAAAUAUCAGCGCAGUUGGUAACAUUAAUGGUACCUACAUAAGUAUAUAAUAUUUACACAAACAUAUGAGCUAUGUUGACAUCGAAUAUAUUAAUGAAAUCCACAUUAUUAUAAUAAAUAUUUACAUGUAAGUUAUGUGGGCACCAUUAAGAAAUAUUCAUGGAAUUACUGCCAUAAAAGUAAGCUUUAUUUUCAGAGAUGCUUUUGUUGGAAUUUUAAUAUGCUAUUAGAUCGAUUGGGUUAAAGGUAGCAUAAUUGGCGAAAUAUUUACAGAAUUAGUGGUAAUUUUUAAUAUCAUCAAGCCAGAUGACGAAAUUUGUGUAAAAAUUUUAGCUUCACAAAUUUUCAUAUCUUCUGUCCCUUUAUCCUUUUUGUAAGUAAUUAAGAGAUACCUUUGAAAUUAAACUCUUUUCCACUCUUCUUAAAACUUUUACAACUAACCGUAGCUAGCUCUUUUCAUUAUGAAAAUAAAUUUUCUGCCUGAAUUCGGACCAAAUAUAUUGUUUUCGAAUUUAUUUUCUGUAGAUGUUUUUCUACGCUAUUGUCUGUUCUAAUGGUAGAUUUUCUAAAUUUUUCAUAUUAGCGUCUCUAACACUUCUUGAUCAUUCGCUGUUGUAGAUUCAAAUUCGGCCAUGGUGCUUCUGGGUAGCUCAUGUCUCGGGUUAAAAUCACAAAUAAUGAUAGUUUUAACAAAUUAAUUAUUACAAUGAAAUUUACCAAUAACCUGCUCGAAUUUUAUUGGUGAAUUAAAUCAAUUUGAGAAAAGUAUUGACUGAAGUAAAGGCCUAUAUUAUAGGUUUAUGGCCAAAAUGACUUUCCAUUUUUUCCUGAACUUGUCUUCAUCAUCAUAAAAAAGCGAGACAUAGAAAAUACAGCGUACUAUUACCAUGCUAACGAGGAGGCAUGAUAUAGGGUUUUAUUUUGAGUUUUUCUUUUUAUGCACUGUACUUCUUUCCUGUAGUCGCUUGAUAAUGACAACCUUAGAGUGAAAAGUAAUCAUGACUCUUUGUAUUUUUAUUUGUCAUUAUAUGGAUUAUUAUUUAAAAAUAUCUAUUUUUUUUUUAAGAUAUAUAAAAUUUGUUAAUUAACAAAUACAGAUUUAACAUCUAGAUUUUAUUAAUAAAUAAAUUUUAUAAUAAUGAUUACUACCUAUAUCAUUUACAUAGUUGAAGAUCUACACUACUUCUGUAUAUGUCUCAUGUCCUUAUAUAUGUAUAAGAUCAAUCAUAUGCUUACUUAUACUUAUAUAUGUCAAGAAAGUAUAAAUUCUGAUGAUCUCUGUUCAUUUAACCUUGCAAUUACUAUUCAAUCUACAUUGUAAGCUCCACACGUAAUCUUAAUAACCAUAAUACAGAAUCUGAUCGCUUUCAAAAUAAAUGAGGUGGCGAUAGAUGCCCGUAUAUUUAAGACAAAACUAGUCUUUAUGGUUAUAUAUAUUACUCAAUUGUAAAAUUCUAUAUAUUCUAAUACUAUUGAUAUUACUGUUUCCAAUAUCAGUAACAUAAUAUGAAAUCUAUGCUAUUUUAUAAUUUUUGAAAAUCCCUUUUUUUAUUUUUUUUUAACUUUUGCAAAUUUUAAUGCCUCAAGACCCAGAUUUUAUGAAAAUGAAAAAAAUGAUGCCAAUAUAUUGCUCUUAAUCUACAAAUUUAAUAAUUAUUAAAGGAACUACAAAUUUAAUAAUAAACUUCUUGGAGUUAGUAAAUUCAACUUUUAUUGUUCUAUUUGACACGGUUAUCUUACUUUUCAUUACGCUAAGCUCGUGUCCUUUAGUUAGAAUAAUAUUACUUUGUACCGUUUUUAUUUAAACUCAACUUGGCAGUCCAACUAAUUGGAUUUUGCUUGCUUUCAAAGAGUGAAUUGUAGUCCGCAAUUGACAACUUCAGCUCUUUAAUUCCAAGAACUGAGCACACUCGUUAUCUGUCUUUUUUUAAAAAACUUUUAAUUCUUUUAUUAUGAAACGAAACAGGAAGAACAAUAAUUUUUUAAACAUUUAGGAACUAGUAUUUACGGAGUAAAGGACGCUAUGUUAUUAAGAGUAUAGACAAAUUUAGUCUUAUAUAAACACUCCAUACAGUUUUAAUGAUGCAGUCACCUAAUAGUCUUAACAUGGAUAUUUCUGUACGGCAGAAAAUCUACUUUGAGCAAAACUGCAUAGUUGAUACUUUUGCAAUAUUUCAUCAUAGUUUCACCAUUUAUUUAUAUAGAAAUGUGGAAAUGGCAAUAUGAAUAGUAUAUUCCUUCUCUCUAAAUGUCGUGCGUGUUUAGUAAUUCUUUUAUUGUAUUCGUGUAUUAUAGAUUUUGUAGCUAUAACGAACUGAUAGUGUAAAUAAAUCUUAUAAUGCUUAUUAUUUGAUACAGAAAUAUUUAUUUGUAUGAAUAGAUUAUAUAUUGAUAACGUCGACACUGGAUAGGAAACGGUUGAGUUUGUUUCAGAUUUUAGAUUUUGAAUAAUCGAUAACCUAUCAACACAUUAGUUUGGACAAAUUCAAAAUGGUAUCUACAGUAUUAUAAGUAUUUACAUGGGCUUGAUUCUUAUGCAGUUAGAAACUAGUCGAGCAAUCCUGAAGUUAAUACACGAGUGAAGCUGAUGUAAAUAAUUAAAUAUAUGCAAUUUUAUUUUGAUAAUCUAAUACAAUUCUUCCCAAUUUAUUAUUAUUUCUAUAAUUCCAAAAUCGAAAUUCUGAAAUACAUUUAGUCGUUUUCGCCUAAGUCGACGUAGACAUCCAAAAAGCCGAUUUAGAUGCACGGCGGUGAUAAGUAAAGUUCAAUUUAUUACAGCUGUUUAUUUAAUCGGUAAUCGCGUAGUAAAUAAAUGAGAUCUGGAAUAACGAACGAAUCGAUGCUUAAUUUGACGAUGUUUAAUUUGCAAAGCCGUCCGCUUGAAAAUAUUGAGAGACAUAUUUUCUGUUACGCUGCAUAUUAAAUAUAUUGUAUAUUUAAUUAGAAUAAUUUGAGAUAAUUUAUUUUAGUAAAUGUAUUUUGGUAAUUUUUACUGAAAAAUUUUAAUACAGACAAUAGUUUGAUUUUUGUAUAGUUACAUUCAAAGAACAAUUAGACGACAUUGAUAAAAUAUUUUAAGGCUUAUUAAAUUAUUUUAGAAUAUAAUUAUAUAGGAUAAACUCAAACACACCCAGAUGAUGUAUAAAAUUAUGUUUUCACAUAAAAGAUAAUAUUUAUAUUUAAAAAUAUAGUCUAUUCUCAAUUUUAUUCUAAUAGAUGUGUAUUUUAUGUAUUAUUAUUUAAAUGGAUUUCUGAAUCCUCUUAUAAAUAAUAAAUUUAUUUAAGUAUAUAGUUCCUAUAAAAAAGGCCUAAGGUAGAUUUUUGUUAUGCCAAAAUGUAUUAACUAGGUCUUGCAAUUGAAUAUUCGAGUUAUUAGAAUAUUAUUUUAGAAUUAAAAUUCUUUAAGUUUCAAUAUAUCAUUGAUUUUCAGUCUUUGGAAAAAUAAUUGUAGGUAUACUUUUAGUACAAGUUUUUACCUUUUGAUUGAAUCCCAGGAAUCGUUACCAGGGUCAGUUUUUGGACUUAGUCUGUUUCCCAGUUUUCUCGUAAUCAGAUAUCUGAAUUUAUCCGUUUUUACAAUUUCCUUUACAUAAUUCAGAAAGAAUUAAGAUCGACAGGAAUUGCGAGGCAAUAUUCAGUUGUCAUUAUAAUCUUAGACCAUUGUUCUCAAAUAGGUAUAUCUUUCAAGAUACCAAAUUGCAGUUGAUGCCGCUACGGUGGUUUUAACUAGGAAACGAAGUUAUGACACUUGUUAUAUCUCUGAUAUGCCGGAGGUGCAUAUAAAAUAAUCUGACGAUACACGCAAAUAUGUUUUCAAUAAGUCUGAAAAAAAAAACGUACCUAUGUAUUUCAUAACGAAUUUGAGCAAAUACUGAGUCUGUAAGUUUCCGAGUUUCUGGUGUUUUGUUUUUACAACGAAAAGGUCUCAGUUAAGUCUAAGAAGAUGUCUCAGGAGAAAGAUUAUUUGAGUCUCUUCACUAAACAAUAACUCUCCUACAGAGAAUACUUAAAAUGUUCUCGGUAGUUGCGUCUCUCUUAUAGCGUGGGUUCUUAACAUAUGGACAUUUUAUUAUGCUUAGUGUUAUCAUUCCAUUUCUCUGAUCUUUAAAAUCAUUUUCCAUGAUUCGGCCAUAUUUUUCUAUGCAUUUGACUGAGUUGACGAGAUCAUACUUACCAAACAAGAGCUCAUAUUCUGUAACUUAUUUUAUAACAUGUCCAUUGAAUUCCCUCAUAUGAGAAAGUACUAAAUAAAUGUAUUCGUAUAUAUAUAUAUAUAUAUAUAUAUAUAUAUAUAUAUAUAUAUAUAUAUAUAUAUAUAUAUAUAUAUAUAUAUAUGUUACCGGCCAAACCCGAUUAUAGGACAAACUAGUUUUGCCUAGGCUAAACUAGUUCUUCCUAUACACGAUAGGAUUAACUAGUAUAGCCUAGUCCAAUCUGAUUUGUCCUAAGCCUGAUAGGAUAAACCAGUUUGGGCUAGUCCAAAUUAAUUUGUGCCAAUAUAAAUACGCACACUCUAGGAUAAACUGGUGUGGCCUAGUCUAAACAUUAUAGUAUAUUUAGAAAGUCAAAUAUAUAUAUAUAUAUAUAUAUAUAUAUAUAUAUAUAUAUAUAUAUAUAUAUAUAUAUAUAUAUAUAUAUAUAUAUAUAUAUACAUUUCUUAUGUAUUAUUCGAAUAACGUUUGAAUACUGACCUUGAAUAAAAACCUAAUAUUCGGAUAUCAAAAUUGUUGUAUAAUUGCAAGACCUUGUUUCAACUUAAAUAGAGAAUAAUAGAAAGUGGUACAUAUACAAUGAUAGUCGGAACUGAUUGAUAAAAUUUGUGAGAUUAAACAAUUAUUUUAAACGUCUCCUUGUCAAAUUAGGAAAUAAUUUUGGUCCAUCUUGACGAAUUCUAUAAGAAUUAAUCACGAUAGUUUCCAGGGAACCGCAUGAAGGUUGAACUCAUGGGGUAUAACGUUAGAAAUGGGGCUAUUAACCCCUCUACAUAAUCAGUUUGUAAGCUGUUAAGUCUCACGAUGUUUCAGCAUUCGAAUAUACAGUUCGUUCUGUUAUAAGCUAUAUAAAAACUCACACCUGAAUAAUACGCGGAAGAUCAAUUCAAUUUACUUUUAGUUUUAAUAUUAGUACAUAAUUAUUUAACUGUUCUCUCUUAAUAAUUGUUGGCAAUUUAGAUAUUUAUUUAUAUUAUAAAAUGUUAAAUUAUAAUAUUAUUUCAAUAAGUAGAAUAUGUGUAAGAAAAAACGCAAAAGAACUUGGCCCAGUUUUUGCUGUUUAUAUUUUUCGAUAUUAUUAAGCACUGCAUGUUGACAUGUAAUUAAGUAGAGAUGGAGCACGCAGACCGUUCGUUACAUACAGACAGUCGAUUAUGUUGUUUUUAUAAUCAUUGUUAUAUAUAAAUAUAUAAUUAAAGUGUUUGUUAAGUACUUAA